UUUCAAGUGUGGGUUUACAAUCAUUCGACUUCAACGUCAUCUUCUACAUAUCAAGAGCGCGAUUAAGCAAUAACUUACGGCUACAACAGAAACGAAUCAUGGCAUUGUACAGAGGAACACUCAUAUCAGAAGCGCCCCAUUACUUCUUCCACUAGAGUUUCGGCGUGGCGAUAUCGCCUACCGUCGAUGAGGAUUUUGAGCAUUGUGAGAUAGGUUACAUGGUUGUGCUUGAAAUUGCGUUGCUGCGGAGUCCACUGGAAGAUGUUCAGCGCGAGAUCAGGAUCUGACUGGGCAUGAAGUGGCCGCGUCGACGUCGAUCGGGGUGAUUUGAGGUCUUCGGUGCAAGUUUCGAACUGGAUCACAAGCGGUGUUCGGGUUCUUGUUCUUCCGAUUGGAGGAAUUGGAAGGUCACUGUCUUCAGUUGGCGGGGAUUGGCUGUUAUCGGCGGAAGAUAAAGAGGAGAUCGGGUGGAGUCAGAGUAAUGACUUCGUGCGUUCGUAGGAAGAGAGAGGUAAAAUGCAGAAAGCAGAAAGGAGAAGUUUGGGUCUCUCAGGAGUGGUCGUGAGCAGGGACAUCCUCAAGGAAGAGAGGCACAGAAAUGAAGCAGAAAAUUAAGGAAAGACAUGCAAGUGGGAGCAAGAACCAGAAGCAUCGAGUGCCAGGAAAUGGGCUAAUUUUGGCAAUUGAAAGCCCAUAGAAGAAGAUUUUGAUGAGGUUUAGACUAUGCAAAAGAUGGGCUAGACUUGUUCAUUUCCAUUGAGGUUGGGCCAAAAUCAUGAACGAUGAAGCUUGAUCAAGUUUUGAAUUGGAUAAAUUUUUCGGUUUUAAAAGCAAAAUCAAAUUGAAGCAUUGCUUCCCCACCCCGAACUGAUACUCCUCGGUUUCUGAGCCUUCAAAAUUACAUUCUCAUCUCCAUUUCCUCCUCUCAGGUUUGAACCAAAACGCUUUCUGUCGACACUUGCAUGUUUUCCCUUUCCUUGCUUUGGCUUCUCGGGCGGCACAUGCUUUGUCGUUGUUUUUUCUGGAGGACUGGAUGUCACUAUGGUGAGUAUACGAAGACGCAAACUCAGUGGACAAUGCAAUGGAAGAAGCUCCUUGGUUCCACUUUGUAGCCUUCCAGAUAACAUUGUUCGUGAAAAAACAGAAGGUAGUGGUAGACCUGUCAGCCCAAAUCAUAUUCCACCAGUUUCUCUCAACCAACAAGUUGAAAUUGAGAAAGAAAUGGAAAUGAUAGCAAGUCCACCUGCAAAGAAACAAAAAAUACAUGCCCAAAUAGAUCCAGAGAAUCCCAUGGAGGUGCAUGCCUAUCUGAUGAAGCUAAAGGAAGAUAACAAAUUGGAACUAGGACCACUUCAAAGAAGUGAAGAGAUGUCAGUGAAAGAGUGGAUGGAGAAGUGUUAUCCCCAUAUUUUUAGAGUGUUUCCACAAAAUCCAAAGGUGUUUUUCCAGUUUUCUGACAAAUCAAAGCAAAAUGAAUUGUUAUAUUGUCACUACUGGCUUUUUCUCUUUGAGGUGAGGAACAUAGUUUUAAUGGACUAUGGUGUCUCCCCAGACUAUGUGGAGUCAUUGGGCAAGGUGAUUAGAACUCUGGAAAUGCAAGGUUUUGACUGUAGAUUCAUGAGGUCAGAAAUGGUAAUGGUAGGGAACAUGAUGAAGCAGCAGCAAGAAAUUAUGUUAGCAGAAAGGAACAUGAUUGCAAAAAGAACUGUAAAUUUAGAGAAAGAACUCCAAGAUUUGGCUAAACAGAAGGGAAAAGAAGAACAAGAAUCAGAUAAGAGAGGAAAGAAAAUAGAGGAAAUAACACCAAAUAUCGAAACGCUUUCGAAGCAAGUGAAUAAACUGCAAUAUAAAAGGCAGAGAGAGCCAAAUAAGCUUCCGUGUGCUGAUUUAGAACAAGAAUAUGUUGAAGUUAUUCUAGCACGCCAUAAGAGGAUGCUAGUGUGCAAGGAAGAGGAAGGGAAAAGACUCUAUCAAGUUCUGGAGAAAAUAAACCAGUUGCAUCAAAAUAAAGCAGUUUGUUCUAGUCUCUGAAUCAUUCGUAACGGUGUAACUUCUUGCUUCCUUCCAUUUUUAAUUGUUUUAACUAGUUUGAUAAUAGCUACCUUGUAAAGGUGCCAUUCACUUGAAAUUGUCCAUGCAGAUAUGCGAAACGAAGAUGGGAAACUUCUUAAUCUUUACUGCUGCCCAUCUUUGGCGAAUGGAACAGUUCAGCUGGUAGCUAUAAUGAGAUGUUCUUCUCAUGUAUGUUCAUUAAGCUUACUUGUUUGUUUGAUGUUCUCGAGGAAUGGUGAACUGGGAACAAAGCAAAAUGCUAUUUGUAUUUUAUUAGUUGCAAUCUUUUCUUAGAAAGUUGGUAUAAAGCAACGAUUUUUCCAGCA